AUGGAAAAAAUGGCGGAUCAAUGUGCCAGAGGUGAAUCAUUUGAUAUCUACGCAUAUUUCAAACGAUUUACAAUGGACACUAUUUGGUCUUGUGGUUUCGGUCUCGAUACUGACAUGCAAAAUAAUGUCAAUGAUCCAUAUCUCGCCAAUUCAGAAAAGAUGUUUUCACCGAAUAAAAUGGUUGGAAUCAUAUUCGUUUUAACUAUUUUAAUAAAAGAAUUCACAAAAGUAUGGAGAAGUAUAUUUCAGGCAUUCGGUAUUAUUCGCUAUUGGCUUCGGCACUAUAUUCCCGUGACAAAGCGAUUCAUUGACGAAAGUCCUAGCACAUGGAUUAAGAAACAAGCCAAUGAAAUGAUUGAAAAACGUAAAGAUAUUGGUCAUACUCGUCGAACAGAUUUAUUACAGCUGAUGCUUGAGUCCAUGUCUGAACAAGAUUUUAUUAAAGAUGGACUAGCAUCGUCCGAGAAAAGUGAUGAUACUGGAGUCGAAGCACCACUGGUUCGAAAAAUUACCAAACAUGAGACUUCAGCGAACAUUCUUCUUUUCAUGCUAGCUGGUUAUGAGACUACAAGUACAGCUCUUAGUUAUGUAACGUAUGUUCUUGCUACUCAUCCAGAGGAACAGCGAAAGUUGCAAGAGCAUAUCGAUGCUCAUUUUAAUCCAGAAACAGAACACACUAUGCCAACAUAUGAAACUGUCUCUGAAAUGGACUAUUUGGAUAUGUUCAUUCGAGAGACUCUUCGCAUGUAUCCUAUUGCACCAUCGGCAAUAUCUCGUCAAAAUACUGAUGAUUUUCGCAUCAAAGAUUUCGGUGCCGUGCCGGCAGGUACACUGAUUGUCGUCGAUAUUUACAAUUUGCAUUAUAAUCCAGAUUUAUGGGGUCCUUUGAAUACGCAUGAAUUUCAUCCUGAAAGAUUCGCCACUAAACGACAUCCAAUGGCAUGGUUCUCAUUCGGAGUUGGUCCGCGCAAUUGUGUUGGCAUGCGUUUUGCUUUGCUUGAAAUGAAAAUGUUACUUGUUCGACUCUUGAAAACAUACACACUAAUUGAUUGUGGUGAGAAAACACGGAAACCAUUCCAAGAACUCACAGAAAUGGCUGUCAUUGCACCUAAAGAAGCGAUUGUUGAACUCCAACGCAGAGAUCAACACCUUGAUUAA